GGCUUCCACGCGGCUCCUUCGCUCGACACCAGCGUGGCAGGACGUCACCCAGCCUCCCCCUACGUGGAAUAGUGGUACAUCCUGCGUCUCCCCUUCAGCUGCGGAGCGAGUCGUACGGGCUGCAGGGCUUAGCGCAUCGGACUCUGCCUCCCCUUUUUUCCUGAAUGGAGCAGGUUUAGUUUAGCGAGGACGGCGAGUCCGAGUUGAGCUCGGCGUGGCUAACGGGGGACGCCGGAGAGGAGAGGCGGCUGGUUGAUCCCGGCAGAAGGAAGGCGCCGUCCUCCUUUUUUUCCCCCCCUCCCUGCCCUGCAGUCGAGCCAUGGCCGGGCGAGGUCGGCUUUGGGCGCUGGCGUUGGCGCUCUGCGCCUUGCCGGGCAGCCUCUGCCUACAGGAGACCGAAGCGGACGAACCUGAAGCGCCGGCGGCUCUGGGCGGAGGGGCGAACCGGCGGCGGCGCCUGAGCCAAGAGGACGGCAUCUCCUUCGAGUAUCACCGCUACCCGGAGCUGCGGGAAGCGCUGGUGUCGGUGUGGCUGCAGUGCCCGUCCAUCAGUCGGAUCUACACCGUGGGCCGGAGCUUCGAAGGCAGGGAGUUGCUGGUCAUCGAGAUCUCGGACAACCCUGGCGAGCACGAAGCUGGAGAGCCAGAAUUUAAAUAUGUUGGCAACAUGCACGGAAAUGAAGCUGUUGGAAGAGAACUUCUUAUCUUCUUGGCUCAAUACUUGUGCAAUGAAUAUCAGAAGGGGAAUGAGACGGUCAUUAAUUUGAUCCACAGUACACGUAUCCACAUCAUGCCCUCUCUGAAUCCAGAUGGCUUUGAGAAGGCAGCAUCACAGCCAGGGGAACUCAAAGAUUGGUUUGUUGGUCGAAGUAAUGCACAGGGAAUAGACCUAAAUCGAAAUUUCCCUGAUCUGGAUAGAAUUGUCUAUGUCAACGAGAGAGAAGGAGGUCCAAAUAAUCAUUUGUUGAAAAAUCUGAAGAAAGCUGUGGACCAAAAUCUAAAGCUUGCACCAGAAACAAAAGCUGUGAUUCACUGGAUAAUGGAUAUUCCCUUUGUACUGUCCGCCAAUCUUCACGGUGGGGACCUUGUGGCAAAUUACCCAUAUGACGAGACUCGGACUGGAAGUGCACAUGAAUACAGCUCCUGCCCAGAUGAUGCUCUUUUCCAAAGCUUAGCCCGAAGCUAUUCAUCUUUUAAUCCAGCCAUGUCAAACCCAAAUCGGCCACCAUGUCGCAAAAAUGAUGAUGACAGCAGUUUCAUUGAUGGGACAACUAAUGGUGGUGCUUGGUAUAGCGUUCCAGGAGGUAUGCAAGACUUCAACUAUCUUAGCAGCAAUUGCUUUGAAAUCACCGUGGAGCUUAGCUGUGAAAAAUUCCCUCCAGAAGAAACUCUGAAAACCUAUUGGGAGGACAACAAGAAUUCACUUAUCAGUUACAUUGAGCAGAUACAUCGAGGAAUAAAAGGAUUUGUUAGAAAUCUUCAGGGUAAUCCAAUUGCUAAUGCCUCAGUUUCUGUAGAGGGGAUAAACCAUGAUAUUACAACAGCAAAGGAUGGUGAUUACUGGAGGCUGUUGGUACCUGGAAAUUAUAAAGUGACAGCUUCAGCACCUGGCUACCUAGCAAUCACUAAAAAAGUGGCUGUUCCCUUCAGUCCUGCUAUUAGGGUUGAUUUUGACUUGGAAUCAUUGUCUGAAAGAAAAGAAGAGGAAAAGGAAGAGCUAAUGGAAUGGUGGAAGAUGAUGUCAGAAACUUUAAAUUUUUAAGCGGAAGUUCUGAAUUCACAUCUUUUAAUCUACUAUGUGUUCAUUUAGUGCAAUGUACUGUGAAAAGUCCCUACAUUUUAGAUUUUGUGUAGCUCAUAAUAUGUAACUUUGGGGUGGGGUGGGGUGGGCUGUGUAAUUUUUUUUAAUACCAAUAACAUAUUCUCCAUAAAAAGUAUAUUGCUGGAACCUUUUAUGUCAUUUUCACUGUCCUACAUAUUCAACUUGAAGGACAAAUGCCCACAAAAAUAUGUCCUUUCUCUAAAGUGACUGUAAAUUUGAGCAUUUUACUAUCCUAAAUAUGCAGGUUAAGUACAUUAAAAAGCUAUAAUAAUUAGUAGUCACUUGCAACAACUGCCACAAAUAUUUGUCCAUACAGGUAUACCUAUUUAGAUUUUUUUAAAAAAAAUAACUCAUAAUGGCACUGAAAAUAUAUAUGAUAAGAAUUUAGUGUUGUACAUAACAAAGUUUUUUUGUGUGUGGAAGAGCCAUAUAAAAUAAGAAUCCAAGUACUUGGGGAUUACAUAUACUACUCACAUGGAAAUGGCUUCCAUCAUUCUUAAGAAAAAAUAGCACAUUUUUUUCUCUUGUGUUUAUUAAUGUUCCUAAGUAAUGUGGUAAUCAGAUUAAAAAUUCUGGAUGGAUAAACAGUUAA